AUGAUUAGUGAUCAAGGAACUCAUUUUUGCAACCGGACCAUUGAGGCUUUGAUGAGGAAGUAUGGCGUUACUCACAAGGUUUCCACACCCUACCAUCCUCAAACAAAUGGUCAACCAGAGGUGUUUAAUAGGGAAGUUAAAUCUAUUUUGGAAAAGACUGUGAACCCCAGCCGCAAGGAUUGCAGUUCCCGUCUUGAGGAUACAUUGUGGGCUUAUUGGACUGCCUACAAGACCCCUAUUGGCAUGUCUCCAUAUCGGUUGGUUUUCGGUAAGGCGUGUCAUUUGCCUGUGGAGUUAGAGCAUAGAGCUUAUUGGGCAAUUAAGCAGCUGAAUAUGCGCUUUGAUGGAGCCGGAGACCAUAGAAAGCUUCAGUUGCAAGAGUUGGAGGAAAUCCGCCGGGAGUCAUAUGAGAAUGCAACCAUAUACAAGGAGAAGAGAAAAGCUUGGCAUGACAAAAUGAUUAUGCGGAAAGAGUUCAAGGUGGGUGACAAGGUACUUCUCUACCAAUCCCGCUUGAGAUUAUUUCCGGGUAAGCUUCGAUCCCAUUGGGAUGGUCCUUUUUUAGUUGUUAAAGUCUACCCUCAUGGUGUAGUUGAUAUCCGAAGUUUGAGUACGGAUAGUGUUUUCAAAGUGAAUGGCCAAAGGCUUAAGCCUUAUUUUUAG